AACAACACACAUGAAAGAUACAAAUUAUGAUUUCAAAUAUGAGGAGAUGACCAAACUAUGGACUAAAGAUGUGUUUAAACCAGAGGAAAGGCUAGACGGUUUGUGCAUAAACCUUUUCAACUUUUGUUUUUUGUGGAUUAUAUGUAUGUGUGUAUGUUUGGACACUAUUAAGUCAUUUGUUUGACCGGUCACAAAGUGGAUUAAGAUAAGUUUUCAUUGUAAUGGAAUUCAUAACUCUGUAAAAAGAAAAAAAAAGAAAAAAAAAGACACUAAACCACAACCAAUAAACUCAUUUCCAACACUGCAUGCCUGAAAACCAAAUGGGACCAGGAGGAUUGUGAAAGGGGUGUAAGAACCUCCUUGCGUCACGCCCCCUGAUGCUUACACAACAGACCUUUAUGAAACAGUGUCUUCUGAAACUUUCUUUGUGAGGCUGGUGAUACGGACGCAGCGUUUACAAAAGGGUAGCACGCUCACGGGAGAGGAUGCCUGCGUUCUGGCAGAUUUUCUCUUUGGUUAUUAUGGCUCUGCUGGAUCAACACUGCAUCUCAGCUCAUGGUGCAGUUGUGUACCCCCCAGAGGCCUCUGUGCACAAUGGCACCCUGUAUGCAGUAUGUAAGGUCAAACCCAACGAGCCGACAGAUGCUGGCCCAAAGGUUUACGGCAUGGUCCUGUUUAAACAAGACUCCCCUGAGAGCAAACUGUCCGUCUUCCUGCAGCUCCGAGGCUUUGAUAGUGACACAGCAGAGACUAAAGCUGUGCACAUUCAUCAGUACGGGGACCUGAUCCCUAACUGCGCUUCCACUGGGGGGCACUACAACCCCUACAACGUGAACCAUCCCCAGCACCCAGGAGACUUUGGCAACUUCAUAACUCAGAACGGACGCAUCAAAACCAUGUUCGAAUCUGAGGCCACGCUGUUUGGAGGCGACAGUGUCAUCGGCAGAGCUGUGGUCGUCCACCAGCACCAAGACGACAUGGGGCGGGGAGGCGACGCGUCAAGUCUGCUGAAUGGGAACGCUGGCCCCAGGGUCGGCUGCUGCGUGAUUGGGAUAACCUCUGCAGAUCUCUGGACCAAGCACACAACUAAUCCUCCAACAGUGAAUUAGAACAAUGCACAAUUGCAACAAUGAAACAACUUGUUAAAUACCAAUAAGAGAAAUAUGAAUUAAACCAAUGCGCUUUGAAAUGAAGAUGAGGCAGUUUAUAUGUGUAGCUGCACAACACAGGGGUGACAUUUAUUCAUUAUAGUGUCAUUGUGCUACAGGCAAAUACAGGUUUGGUAAGAAAAACCUCCAGACCUUCAUCUCUGUAAUAUAAAAUGAGUCAAUCAUGUUUUAACUAAAUAUUUGUCAGUGUGUUCAAUUGUUGUCCAGUUUGUUUUUACUUUUAUUUUUGCUGCACUAUGGUGAACUGGUCAUAUUGAAACCACUGCCUAAAACCUGUAAUAAACAUAAAAAAAAGUACUUUAAACAUUCACGUGCUGAAAGUGAAAGUAAAGUUUGAGAUAAUUAGGUUUAACUCAUUUGGUUUGGUAACAAAAUGUAUUGAUCAACAUUAGUGUGAUGUUAAAACUCUAUACCACAAUGUGUGUAAUCAACUUCCUCAUAAAACCUGAAGAAUAAAUUACAUGCAAUAAACUAUUGCACCUGACCACAGUCAACUGUCUGUUUUUACUGGUUGAACAACGUCAUUGGUGUCAUUUAUAGAAACAAUCUUCUUGGUCACUAAUAAUAAAUAAAAAUAAAUGUGUCUUGUGUUCACUAAUUAUACAUAAAUAUAAAUGUGCUCAUCUGUGUUGUCUUGUCUUGACGGUUCUGUUUAUCUGUGCAUAUGAGGUUUUUAUUCUACAUUCUUCUAUUUUAAUGUUAGUUUCAUGAUGAUUAUUUAUGUUUUGAUUUGCUGAAUUGUGAUUUUAAUGUCUUUCUUAUUCUGUAAAGCACUUUGAAAUACUCUGUGUACGAAUUGUGCUAUAUAAAUAAGCCUUGCCUUGUCUUCACUAAUCACACAUUCUCAUUUGAAGAGUCAGUUUCAUUUGUAUUUGCUUAUGCCUCUUGGGGUAACAGGGCAUCCUCCUACAUGUUUGAAGCAGUGGUAAAUACAUCUAAAUGUGUUCAUCUGUGUUGCCUUGUGUUCACUUAUAAAUAAAAAUAAAUGUAUUCAUCUGUGUCGUCUUGUCUUUAAGUAU